GCAAAAGCACAAGAUUUUAUCCUUACUUCAAGGUACGUAUCUUUCUUGUGUGAAUACUAUUUGUUGAAGUUUUAUAUAAACAAUUUUGAAUACAUGUUAGGAUUGUGUUGGAGCUAUUGAUGGCACGCACAUAAAUGCAAUGGUACAAGGUCCUGAUAAGGCUAGCUACCGUAAUCGAAUAGGAGUCAUUUCGCAAAACGUAUUAGCUGCUUGUAACUUUGAUCUUGAGUUCAUAUAUGUUCUGAGUGGAUGGGAGGGUUCUGCUCACGACUAUAAAGUUCUACAAGAUGCUUUAAGAAAAUAUUAUUUAGCGGAUUGUGAGUUUCCAAACCGACGUAAUUUCUUAGCUCCACUACGAAAUACACGUUAUCAUCUACAAGAUUUUCGUGGUGAAGGAUGUGACCCAACAAAUCAGAAUGAAUUGUUUAACCUUCGCCAUGCAUCUUUAAUAAACGUUAUCGAGAGAAUUUUUGGUAUAUUUAAAUCAAGGUUCUUGAUUUUUAAAUCUGCACCACCGUUUUCUUUUAAGACCCAAGCAAAGAUAGUUCUUGCAUUUGCUGCCUUACAUAACUUUCUUCGCCAGAAAUGUCGGUCAGAUGAAUUUUCAAGUGAUGAAGAAGAUGAAACAGAUGUUGACAAUGCAAAUCAAAAUUCUGAAGAAAAUGGUGGUGAAGAAAAUGUUGAAACCCAAGAGCAAGAAAGAGAGUAUGCAAGACAUUGGCGAGCAACCAUAGCUGCAGAUAUGUGGAGAGAUGCUACUAAUAUUGGUAGCCAAAGAUAAUUACUUUUUAUAAAGUUCAUGUUUUUUU